CAUUGGCACCGCUAUCCACCAUGGACACGAGCGAGGAUGGAGGGUGUGAGCACGACGGGUCCAUUGGAAAGGACGGGUCGUUGGAGGUGAUAUGGAAGGACUCGCCCAUCGAGAAGAAACUGCAGUCGAAUGGGAUGUCGAAUCGACACUCGAAUCAGUCGGAGCUGCGCGGCUUCGUGCACAGCUUGAUCUCGAGCCCGUCACCAAACAAAAACCAAACAAAGCCCAAAGCAUCCACCACUAGCGUGGCGGUGGCGGACGCAAGGACCAGUGGAGGUGCUGGCACGACGCCAAGUAGCAUUUCGCGCUUCAUCGUGUUUAGCCCCGAGAGGGCCACUGCUACGUCGACAACGACGACUCACCACGACGCCCCAGCGGCGAUGGGCUUUGUCACCAAGACGCCUCCAAUCCAUCGCCACAAACGCCGAAAGACAGGGAACGAACAUGAAGACUUGAUGUCGGUCUUGGACAAGCUCGACGAAGAGUACGCGGACACCCCCGAGAAAGCCAUCGAGUCGGCUUUCGAGUCUCCUUUUUCCAAAGAAGCGUGGGAUACCAUUGAGCAAAUGGAGAUUGAAGCAACCCAGCAGUCCAUUCAACGCCACGAGCUAAAGCCCGUUCAAACACACAUCAGUCCUGCCGGCGAUACGUUAAAGCCGCCGCCGCCGCCGCCACCCGCUCGACCAGCCGCCGCACCUUCUGCGACACCGUUAGACUACCUGCGAUGUGUGGCCCUGGAAGUUCAAAUCGAAACCCACCAGCGACAGAAAACGAUUCGCGCGCUGGACGACGCCACCGACAAAACGAUUGUGAUUGGCCUUCGAGAAGACUGGUUUGACACGCCGCUGCAAGUCGGCGACACGUUCCACUUCAUCUUUACGCCUAGUAGUACUAGUCGUACCGAUAGUACUACUACUACUACCCACCCUACGAGCCAGCCGCUGGUCGCCGACAACUCGAGCCAUCGCAUCGUCUUGCAUCCCGAGAUCUUGGUAUCGCCGACUACUGUGACCUCCAGCAUGGGCUGUUCGCGCCGCGCGGUCCUCCAGCAAACGCUGACCAUGCAGCGAAAUGCUGGCGCCAAAGCAUUGAUCGGGACGUUAAAGCAUCAGUUGUUUCAGCGAGCGUUGGAGUCGGGAACGUACUCGAUUCCGUACUUGAUUGAACAGAGCAAGCUUAUCAUCCAGUCCAACUUGCUAAAGCUGCUCGAGUACGGCUUGUCCACCCAGCAAGCCAGCGACGAGCUCAAAUUGUCCUUUCAAGGCAUGUAUAAAUGGUUAAACCAAGCGCAUCGCAAUGGGAUUCGAGUCAAAGGCGGUGGCAACAACUGCUCGGCGUUGUAUCGGUUGCAAGCAGUGCUGUCGAUUGAAGAGCCGCUGUGGUCGGUCAAAUAUGGGCUCAAGGGCGCCGUGGAUGCUUGCUUGAAUAUGCAACAUAUUUCUCACGAGAAAGCAAACAAAAUGAUGGCAUUUGAGCUAAAGACGGGCAAACCAACCAAUUCCAUCGACCAUAUCGGCCAAGUGUUGCUGUAUACGCUUCUCCUGGACGAGCGGUAUCAAGGCAGUGCCGAGGGGUUGCUUCUGUAUUUGCAAGAUGUGGAUUCGACCAUGUUACAGCAGCCAGUGGAAGCCCAUAUUCGAGGGCUAUUGCACUCUCGCAAUCUCCAUGCUGCGCAUCUAUUCCAAGCCAGGACGAGACAGUUGCUGCCGACGUUGCUCAAGAAGACAUGGGAGUGCCAGAAUUGCUUUGUCUCGGCCGAGUGUAUGCUACACCACGCCGCCAUUGAACGCGGCAGUGCCUUGUCCAGUGGCGUGCCCGACGUGUUUGACAAGGUCACGAGUCACUUGACCGUGCCAGAACUGACGUACUUUAAGAAGUGGAUCCAGUUGCUUGAGUGGGAAUCACGAAGCAACCAGAACACGUCAAUGUUAUUUCCACAGUGGAGCUGUACCGAGCCGAGACUGCUGUCCAAUUUAAAAGCACAAACCCACGCCCCUGGCUUUGUCGAGCUCACAUUUGGGGACGAAAGUACCAACUCUAGCUCGUUUGAUGUGCUGUCCGACCUGAAAGUUCAAGACCGAGUGAUACUGUCGGUGCAAAGUCCCACGCAUUCCAUUUUUCACGUGGCCAAGGCGUCGGUGGCAGCCGUGCACCCAUCGUACCUUCGGCUAUCGCUGUUUUCGGCUAUCCCAGCCACCAUCUUGCAUGGCCAGUCGGUCGUGGGGUCCGCGUUUAGCUAUCGCGUGGACAAGGACGCGACCUACUCGGGACUCCAAGCUGCGAAACACAAUGUGCUGGCACUCAUGGCAACUCCUGACAUGGAAGCCAAGCGGAAACUCAUCUGCCACUUGCAUCCGCCGCGGUUCGCAUCUUUGUCGGUGGAAGCGCGGGUCCGUCGGCGAUGCUUGGACAUUGGCGGCGGUGGGAAUGAUUGCGAGGCUUUACUGCGAGAGUUUUACUCGACCAUGAACGCCGACCAACAGAAAGCCAUCGAACAGAUGCUCAAUGCAAAAGACUAUGCGUUGAUCCUGGGCAUGCCAGGUACGGGCAAGACCACUGCCAUCACGAUGGCGGUUCGCUUGCUUCGGUACCUGGGGCUAUCGGUGCUCGUGACCAGCUACACACAUGCCGCCGUGGACAACCUCCUCGUGAAGCUGCUUGACAUGGACGUGUCCGUGCUCCGCAUCGGCGGCACCCCCGCGCUCGUCCAUCCCAAAGUUGGCCCCCAUCGCCUCGAAGCCAAGUCGUUUGAGCAUGCAGAACAGAUGCGCCAGGCCAUGCUGGAUGCUUCGGUCGUUGGCUGCACGUGCCUAUCGACCCACCACGUCCUGUUUGCCCAUCGAAAGUUCGACGUGUGCAUUGUGGACGAAGCCUCGCAGAUCACACAGCCCGUGCUGUUGGGGGCGUUGCAACAUGCGACAGUGUUUUGUUUAGUGGGUGACCAUUACCAGCUGCCACCGUUGGUCGUAGACGCGCAAGCCAAAACAGGCGGAUUGGACUGGAGUUUGUUCAAGUGCUUGUCCGAAGCCCAUCCGCAAGCCAGCACUGUGUUGGGGUACCAGUAUCGCAUGAACCAACACAUUAUGCUGCUGGCAAACCGACUCAUUUACAACAACCAGCUCAAGUAUGGUGGUCGGCGAGGAGAUAUUCGACCCAGUGGCGCUAGUAGUACUAGCAGUCUCGGACCUGUGGUUGUGCCAACAAGGCAGCAGCCUCCAGCACCGAUUGGUCCUAUGGCUCGAGCGACUACUAGUAGUAGUACUACUAGUACGCCCCCUUGGAUCAGUCAAGUCUUGUCGCCCGAGAUGGGCGUCGUGUUUGUAAACACCGACAGCCUCGUCCCAACCAGCGACGGGAUUGAUGGAUUGGAAGUCCGCCAAGGCCGGUCUAUAAUCAACCCAACCGAAGCGCGGGUGGUGCUCGGUCUAGCGGGUUUGUUGUGUCAGCAGCAGCACCUGCUGGCCUGCGACAAUGUGACGAUUUUGAGUCCAUUUCGAUCGCAAGUCCAGUACUUGUCGCAGUUUCAAACCGCGCACGAGAUUUCAACGAUUGACACGUAUCAAGGCAAAGACAAGCGCGUGGUAUUCGUGUCGUUUGUACGAUCCAACCGAGAUGGCCAUGUCGGCGACCUUCUCUUGGACUGGCGGCGCAUAAAUGUCGCGCUAACUCGCGCCAAGGACAAGCUCGUGCUGGUCGGGUCCAAGGCGACUCUGCGCCAGUCGCCUGUGCUGCAUGCGCUGCUUACUUUGGUGGACCAGCAACACUGGGGUAUCGACGUGCCUUGUGGGGUCGUGGGGUUGCCCCACCUUGUCGCAGGUCAGAAUAAAACCAGUCGUGUGCGACGGGGUGCAGAGAUGGGAGCCACAACGUCGUCACACAUGUACACGGUGGUGCCGCCUUCGGACGAGAUUGAAAACUUGGUCGGCGGCAACAUUGUACGCGUCGUGCCAUCUGGCCAUCGCUUCCAAGUGUCUAGAAAUAUCAUGGAAGAAGGAUAACUAGGAUGGAAUUAACAUGACUACCAUAUACCUUAUGGAUCAGUACCCA